AUGUCCUCUGAUGAAAUAGUGUGGCAAGUUAUAAACCAGCAGUUUUGCUCGUUCAAGCUCAAGACUACUAAAGAAAAAAAUUUCUGUCGCCAUGAAUACAAUGUCACCGGUCUGUGCAAUCGCCAGUCAUGCCCACUGGCCAAUUCACGAUACGCCACCAUCAGAUCGAACCCAGAUACUGGAACUAUUUACCUCUACAUGAAAACUAUAGAGCGUGCUCACACGCCAUCAAAGUUGUGGGAACGAAUCAAACUAUCGCAGAACUACGCAAAGGCCCUAGCUCAAAUUGACGAAAGACUGAAAUAUUGGCCAAAGUUUCUUAUCCACAAGUGCAAACAAAGGCUCACUCGUUUAACACAAGUUGGAGUAAGAAUGCGGAGACUUGCGAGAGAGGAUAUCAGGCUCGGAGAAAAACUAGUUCCACGGAUGGCGCCCAAAAUUAAGAGACGAGAGGAGACGAGAGAGAGAAAAGCAGAAGCUGCUGCAAAAGUCGAAAGAGCCAUUGAAAGAGAACUAAUAGAACGAUUAAGAAGUGGCGCUUAUGGUGAUCAGCCAUUAAAUGUUAGCGAAUCUAUUUGGAAGAAAGUUCUCAAGGGGUUGGAGAGGGCUGGCGAAGGUAUGAGAGACGAGGACCUGGACGAGGGAAUAGAAGAAGAUGAUCUAGACUCGGAGGAUGAGGAAGAGGAUGUAGGGAUGGUCGAGUACGUGAGUGAUAUUGGUGACGAAGAGGAGGAUGAGGAUUUGGCAGAUCUUGAAGACUGGCUUGGAUCAGAAGAUGCUGCCGAGGCAAGUGGAGAAGAAAAUAGUGAAAGUGAUAGUGAAGAUGAACCCCCUAAAAGACAGAGUUCCGGGGAGAAAAGAAAACGAGGAGCAGCAUCCAACCUCGAUGCUAAGAAAUUUCCAAGGAUGGAAAUUGAGUACGAAGAGGAGAUCGGAGCGCCUGAGCGAGCUCUGGCUUGA